AUGUUUAUUUUUAUUUUUUUUAUUUAUCUUCCGGUAUUACAAAUAAGUGUCGACAAAACAAUCACAUGAUUCUUGAUUCGCUAGUCUAAUGGUAACAAUUUUUACAUGUCAAACAGCUUUACGAUUAGAUCUACUCUCUGGUACUAAGCUGAAAUCAUAAUACAAUAUGUCAGCUCCUGCUGCCCCGCCAACCUAUAAUGAGACUAUGCAACAAAAUCCAUCUUUGCCUGCAGGUGCCUAUCAGCCUUCUUAUGGGACUGUAAACCCUCCACCAGCUGGAGGGUAUCAGCAGCCACAUUAUCCACCCUCAGGAUCAGCUUAUCCACCACCUCCACCACCAGGAAGCUAUGAUAAUAAAGGGUACCCAUCACAGCCUAUGGGUUAUCCAUCUGGAUCAGUCCCAUCAUAUCAUACAAGUAAUGUUGUUAUACAGUCACCUACACAACAAGUUGUACUGGUUGGAGGGUGUCCUGCUUGCAGGGUUGGAAUUCUUGAGGAUGACUUUACCUGUCUUGGUGUCCUUUGUGCUAUCCUGUUCUUUCCUAUUGGUCUGCUUUGUUGUUUAGCAAUGAGACAACGCCGAUGUAAUCACUGUGGUGCAGUAUUUGGAUAAUUGUCAAAGACUAACACUCAUACACUAAAAGUACUUGAAUUUGUUCUUUUAGGUGUAAUGAUUUUUUUAAAUAAAAUACCAUAUACUUGUUUGUUGCACUGGUAUACAUUUUAAAUAAACUUGACUUUUAACAUGAAUAAGAGAUUCACUGUUAAUGAGAAUGUUAGUUACAAUCAUAGCAACUAUUUAAUUUAUAUCUUCAAAGUUAUAAGUCAUUUAAAGAUUUGGGGGGGGGGGGGGGGGUAAAAUGAUCUUCUACAUGAUUAUUUUUGUCAAUUUUGUAAAUUGAAUUCUUUAAAUUUUAGCCUAAAGAUUUAAUAUCAAAUAUUUAGAAAUAAAUGUUUAAAUGUUGCCAAACAUUCAGACAUUGAAAUUUAAAAUACUGAAGACGGAAUAAUCUAUUAGCUUUUUUUCAUGAUUAUUAAUUUUUCAAUAACGACUGUAAUUAUUCUACAUUCCCUGUAAGCACUUUGGGGCUCAGAUCCUUCUUGUUGUCUAGUGUCCAUAAUAAUAUUUGUAUUGUUAAUGUCUUUAGAAUUGCAGACAAAAAAGUUAACUAAUAAGUUCCUUAAAUUAUAUUUUUAUAAUUAGUUUAAUUGGAUUUACUCAUCAGCUGAAAUUAUUCAUUUAAAGGAAAAUAAAGAACUACUAGGUAGUUGUUUCUAUUUACAGAAUGUCUUAUGACUAUCAUUACCUUUGAAUAAAUGAAAUACACAUAAUAUUCUUAACCUUGGUGAUAUUCAUUAUAGAUAGUCCCCCCCCCCCCCUUUUUUUUUUUUUAAAUCUACUUGCAUUAUUUAAAUGUGAAAUUAUAUUUUAACAUACCAACUUUAUUAAAGGGACAUAUUGUUUACCUUUUCUAGAUUUUAUGAAAAAUGUUUGUGUAAUAAAAAUUAUUCAAAUUUCUUUUUGUAUUUUAUUUGUCAUGUUAUGUUAUUAAGAAUUUUGAAAUGCAUUACUAAAAUUUGACUUGUUAUCUUUAGUGAAACUCUCAUUCUGGCAUUCUCUUUUUUACAAUUACUGUGUGAAUGUCAGUAGAAGUUUAAACCUAAACUUUGUUGUUGCUGUUUUAGGAACAUUACUAAUUCAUUAAAUAUAUAUAAAUUUUCUGCAUUCAAAAUACAAUGUCAGGGUUGUCUGUCCUUUUAGUUUUGCAUGAUCACCUAUUAUUUUAUUUAGUUAUUUAAGCUUCAAGAAAAUGUUUUGUUUUUGAAUCAAUUUGAAAACAUUGAACCAAUAUUAUAGGAAAUAAAUCUGAGUGUUUUCAAAUUAAAAUCUAACUCAUUGACGAGCCAUAUCUACCAGGAAUAAAGCAAUCUAACUUUACAAUUACUAGUAGAUCUCAGAAAAGGAUUACAAAAAAAAAAAAGACUUGCCUAUCAUAUAGCAAUUUAAAGCAUUUAUUUUGAGUUGAGUUUGAGUUUAGGCAUUUAUUUUAAGUGUCAAAAUCAACCAUUUGCUCAAUGUGGCAACAUAAAAAGGUUGUGUAUAUAAGACCUGACACAUUGAAAGUAAAUUAUUGUGUCAAAAUGUUCUUUUUAUUGCACUUUCUCAUGUUCUCUUAGGAGCUUUAAAGUCUAUCCUUUUUAUAUUAAUUCAUAUUUACAAGCUUUAAAAGUCAAUUUAGAAACAUUAAUUCAGUUUUGUCAAACUUUUAUUGGUGAUGCCCCAUUGACCAAAAAUUUACAUUUUUACCAGUUAUGAGCUAGACAUUCUAGGGGAGUGCUGUAAACCAGGCAUUUUCCUGCAGCAUUUUAUUUCUCCUAUUAAGCAGAGUACAAGUCAAAGACGUUAAGAAGGGGUGGAAAAAAUAAAAUUUAAGAGAUUAUUUGACAACCUCACUCCCCUUUUGUAAGCUAGGGUCUGCAUCCCACAGUUUGAGAACUGUUGCAUUAAUGUUUGAUCCCAUGUGACUCACUCAUGUUUAACUAUUUGAAAGGACUGAGAGCAUUCUUGUUCAAAUGUUGUAACACACGCUAUUGAUAGAUAAAACUAUACAUUACAUACAUUUCUUUUACUUGAUGUAUAAAAAUCUAUCUUCUACUCUUUCUGUCAACAUUGUUUAUGUUUCAAUUUUCUUGGUAUUUCCAAUGGAAAUGGAAAAUAAUAACUGCACAAUUUCACAUAUGGGUAUUGGUAAUCAUUGUUUUGUGAGUUGUUUCUAUUAUCAUAACAUUGAAUGAGUACCAAUUUCUUAUUGAUUUGGCAAAUACUGUGAUACAAAUCCAUUGAACUGUUUUAUAACCUGUGUCACUAGAUUUAUUGAAGUUAUUUUAUAAAUUUAAAUUGAUAAGGUAAAUAAGUUAGGAAAACAAUAACUUUUUCUAUUUGUUAGGUGAUUUUUUUUUGUUCAUUAUUUAUUACUUUUUCAAAUUACUUUUGACCACCAAUAUUAUUUGUACUUGUAUUUAACUUCCAUGUCAGCAAGCUUAAUUUUUAGGAUAUUAUAAGCAGAUCAUUGUUAACAUUUAUCUAGUCACAUAACAAGUUUAAGUUUGGAUAUAGGGUAGAAACUGAAUUAAAAAAAAAUCUAUAUUAAAUUUA